CUUGUACUUUUGACCUCUAAGUCAAUUCUCCAAUUAGUAAGAAAUCAAUCGAAUCACAGAUUUUCUAAAAAAUCUUCAAGAUUUAUCUUUAACAUAUAUCACUUCAGCCAACAAAUUCAUGACUCCAAGACCAUACUAUUCAUAGGCUAUCAUAAAAGCGGGAAAUUUUAAUUUUUAGACAAGACAAUAUUACUAAAGACAGAAAAUGUAACAUAGCCUCAUGUCUUUUCCUGGGACCCCAGGAAUAGCAUUACAACUCUUCUCUAUAUUAUCCCCCAUCGAUCUUUCAAUCCAUUUGUUCUAAGCAUAUUCCAAACACUAAAACCUCCCCUUCCCCCUAAAAACACACAAAAAAACUCAGAGCUAGAAGGGCCUUAUAUAGCCACAGAGACAGGCCCCAUCUGCUCCAUUUUUAACACGUCUAGAAAAAACAUAUUAGAAAAGUAAGAAAAAAAAAACUUGAAAACUACAGCAAAUUCCUUUUUGGACGUAUAAUUACAGGAAACAGAAAAAAUGGGUUUUGAUGGUGAUAAGAAAAAGAAAUGCAUUAUCGCCGGUAGUGUUUCCGGUUUGUUAGUCAUCAUGGUUGUCUCAGUAGCCGUUGUAACGUCUAAGCACUCACCAAAAGCCGAUGAAAAUCAGAUCAAGAAAACCACCAAAGCAGUUCAAGCAGUAUGUGAACCAACUGACUUUAAAGAAACUUGUGUUAACAGCUUAAUGAGCGCUUCUCCCAAAUCCACUGAGCCUAUCGACCUCAUAAAACUCGGCUUCGACGUCACUAUCAAGUCCAUCAACGAAGGCCUUAAAAAAGCCUCAGAAGACGUUAAAGCAAAGGCUAGCAAAGACCCAGAAGCAAAGGGUGCUUUCGAGCUGUGUGAGAAGGUGAUGGUUGAUGCUAUCGAGGACUUGAAGAAGUGUAUGGAUCAUGGAUUCUCGGUUGAUAAGAUUGAUGCCUUUGUUGAGGAUCUACGGGUUUGGCUAAGUGGCUCCAUCGCAUUCCAGCAAACAUGUAUGGACUCCUUUGAGGAAAUUAAGUCCGAUCUUAUGCAAGAAAUGCGACACAUCUUCAAAACAACAAAAGAGCUUAGUAGCAAUAGCCUUGCCAUGGUUACUAGCAUGUCCACCCUUCUCCCGAACUCCAACGCCACAGGUUCAACCGGAGGUUUUGCAAACUACGCGAGAAAGCUUCUGACAACAGAAGAUGGUAUCCCAACAUGGGUUGGACGAGAGGCACGACGGCUCAUGGCAGCACCAGGACCAGUGAAGGCUAAUGCCGUGGUGGCUCAAGACGGAAGUGGACAGUUCAAGACUAUAGCAGAUGCUCUAAAUGCUGUGCCUAAAGGAAACACAGUGCCAUUCGUCAUCCACAUCAAACAAGGCAUCUACAAGGAGAAAAUUAUGGUCACCAGGAAAAUGCCAUACGUCACUUUCAUCGGCGAUGGACAAACCAAGACGGUUAUCACCGGUAAUCUCAAUUACGGUAUCGGAAAGGUCAAGACCUUCCUAACAGCACCACUCACAAUCGAAGGCGACCACUUCACAAUGAAGAACAUCGGAGUAGAGAACACAGCUGGACCAGAAGGAGGACAAGCGGUGGCGUUAAGAGUGUCGGCUGAUUACGCCGUGUUCCACAGCUGUCAAUUCGACGGGCACCAAGACACCUUAUACGUUCACUCUCACAGGCACUUCUUCCGUGACUGCACAGUCUCCGGAACCGUCGAUUUCAUCUUCGGAGACGCCAAAUGCAUCCUCCAGAACUGUAAAAUCGUAGUACGAAAACCUAAGUUAGGUCAAUCGUGUAUGGUCACCGCUCAGGGACGAACCGACGUCCGUGAAUCGACCGGGUUGGUGCUCCAUAACUGCCACAUAACUGGGGAUCCGGCGUAUAUUCCGGUGAAAUCGGUGAGCAAGUCUUACCUAGGAAGGCCGUGGAAGCAGUUCUCGAGGACGAUCGUCAUGAAGACGAUGAUCGACGACGUCAUCGACCCGGCGGGAUGGCUUGCUUGGAGUGGUGAUUUUGCGCUCAAGACGCUAUACUACGCCGAGCAUUUGAAUACUGGGCCUGGAUCCAAUCAGGCCCAAAGAGUUAAAUGGCCCGGGAUUAGGAAACUAACUCCCCAAGAUGCUCUUUUAUACACCGGCGACAGAUUCUUAGGUGGCAAUACUUGGAUCCCACCAACACAAGUUCCCUAUACCCCCAACAUGUAGGAGAUUCCAAUGUGUAAAGAAGAUCAACUCCACCAAGAAUCUCUCAAAUAGGUCUCUAAAUUUUUUGUUAAAUGGGUUUCUCAUUUGAGAGAUUUAUACUCUUAAGAGACUCUCUAGUGACACUUGCCAUUACACAAGUGGUUCAAUUCUUU